GGAUCUUUCAGGAUUUUUUUCUAAUUUUUUUCGUUGUUUUGGAUUAAAAUGUGGGAUGCGUCUUAAAGAGUGGACCCUUAUACGUUGCAAUGUAUUCUGGUGUUUCUUGGAUUCGUCCGAAAUGAUCAGAACCGUGAUAUCGAAGUGCAAAAGUCUACGUUCAACGUAGACAAUUAUGGCCCGUCAUUGGCCCAGAGUGUACGUUCACUGUAGACUCUAGGCCAAUCAGAGAGCCGAACCGUCUACGUCCACCUUCCGACUAACUGGUUGGAAAUAGAAUUGAUAAUUGGAAGGAGAAGAUGGAUCCAUUGCUGCCCAAGCUAAGCUUUUUUGACAUAAGUGUGCCAAAAAAUAGGCAACAAUGCCUUCUUAGGGCAACAAAGGAGGCCAAGGCACUGGCGAAUCGAAACACGUGCUUCAAAAAGACAACAGUCGAGGACCAAAAGACGGCUUGUGAGGAAGCUAAAAAGAGAUGUCGGCACUUCACCUCGACUCCAUCAGAGGAGCAGUAUCUCGGUCAGCUUCAUUUGACCUUUGGAAAAUACAAUGGCCAAAGCUUUAAAUGGCUGGUCGAAAAUGAUGUUGGCUACAUUAAGUAUAUCAUUGAUCUGCAUGUAAAAGAAUGCCAGCAUCUCAAAAAAUAAAACCAUUAAUGACCGGAGGGUGAAGGACCUCCUCCUGAGGUAUGUGCAGCUGUUCCCUCCGGUCUCCUGCUACCUCGAGGUCAACGUGGACAGGGCAAUUUAUGGGCAGGACCGCUUCAGGUCGUUCACUUUCCUCGAGAUGCGGCAGUGGUACAGCCUGCACAAGCUGGGACCGGCCAAGAGAGAAAAUGGCGCAGGAGGCGUACACCUCUACAAAGCAGUGGCUGGUGAUGAAGGAGAAGGACAUCACCACCAAGUCCCAGAAGUGCUUCAGGCGCUACAUUCUCGAUAGAGAGAAGCCUCCACCGGAUUCCAAUCUUCCUGCCGCCACUUCCAGCUCUUCAAGAAGAGAACCAGGAUCAGUCAGAGCUUUAUUGCCAGCCGCUGCCACCUCCCAGUUGUCAUGGUCCGAUGACGCUCUGGACGACACAGUCUUCUUGCCCAUCUCCACCAGCCAGCCUGUGUUCGUCAGGAGUCCCGAACAGCUGCCGCUCUCCACCAGCGUGCCAGCAACUGCAGAGCAUCCUGAACAGACUCCUUUGCGUAAACGAGCAAGAAGGCAAAGCGCAGCAAGCACAAGAAGCCCCUGCUGUCCUCCACCAGCAAGGCUGUUUAGUCUCCCCCUGAUGCUCGCCCAGAGGAGUCAUCAUCGACCUCAAACAGCCAGACUGCGUCUGCCACCACCUUGCCACAGAGUGACUAUUCUGUGGAGCUGGAUGGCUGGGUGCGGCUGUGGGAAGACUCCAAUGGCAUCCCAUCUGCAGACAUCCCCUGGCUGAAGGAGGACAGCGAGAGAGGCCUCUUUAUGGCCAUCCAAAUUUACAAGGACAUCAAGGGCGUCAUUCGAAAGCGGCGCAUCCUAAAGUCAGACCGGAUGUGGUUUUAUCCCCCGAGCCACCCGGCUUCGUUAGAGGCGGCAUCCCCACUCCACAGGCCUUUUUCCUGCCGCCGUUUUUUCUUCUGGCACCCCAUCAGGGUGUGGUGGUGCUCUCUGAAGUUGGGGCCGGAGGCAACACAUACCUCUUCAAGUCUGGUUACCACAUCCGGGUAAGGCUUAGUCUCUUCUAGGGUUGUAACGGUAUGAGAUUUUCACGGUACGUCACAUCUGCGGCGUGUCCGGUUGGAACACCAUGGUGACAGAGGUGGUUUCCUGUGGACCGUGCCUCAAGGCUGCCAGGGGUUGAGCAAGUGGUCCCAUGGGUCGGUGUUGAGGCUCAUCGGUCCAGGUUUCCGGCUGUGCUGAUGAUUGACCGUAAAGCGUGGGGUGGACAAAACUGUGAUUCACCUCCUGUGUGACCGCAGGAGUGGCGGCAGGUGCAGGAGAACCAUAAGGAGGACUACAAUCAGAGGAAAGACCUCUACACCAUGCUCCUCAUGGCCUUGGUGAAACCCGGAGGCAUUGUCUCUGCGUUGGGCCACGGGGAGUUCCAGGUGGCACCACUUCUCAGAGAGCUUCCCUGCACGCGGCUCCUGCGGCAUGCGUUCCUCCUGGCUGAGGUGGAAAAUGUUCAGGACUACCAGAGCCAGAUACUGUCCACAUUCGACACCGUCCUGAAAAUGGCAUAAGCACCACAUUGAACACCACAUUGUGCAAAACUAAACUAAACUGUUUUCUAUUUGUUUGUUUUGUUGUAGGUGGUGAAGAAAUUGUCUGGGGAGGGCAAGGGCAUCGGGAACAAGUUCUCCCAGAUCGUGUCCUUUGUUCUCACCUGUAAGGAGUCUGUGGAAAAGCUGGGGCCCAUGUGCCGUGGCGUCAUAAAGCAGUUUCGGCUCGUCAAUCAACCUGUAACCAAGAUCCCUAACAUCGACCGGGGAUGCUGCAAGGCACAGGGUCUGACAGCCGUGAAGAUGCUCUUCCAGCCUUGGAUGGAUGACGGGAUGGUGGAAUGUGUCACAUAAUUGAAUAUGAGGCAACUGCUAUCAGUUGGAAUGGAUGGCCCCAAUGUGAAUUUCAAGUUGGUGGAUCUACUCCAGAAAGAACAUGCAGAGCUCUAUGGAGGUGCCCAGGUUGUCACAGUUGGAAGCUGUGGACUUCACACCGUCCACAAUGCUUUAAAGGCAGGCUUUACUAUGUGGCAGUUGGAAAAACUUCUGCGAGCCAUGCACUUCCUCUUUCAUAAUGUGCCUGCCAGGAGAGAUUUCACUAGGGUGACGGGGUCCUCCUGCUUUCCCAUACCAUUUUGUGGCCAUAGAUGGGUGGAAAACGUUCCUGUGGCGGAAAGGGCAGUUGAAGUUUGGCCAGUGCUGAAGAUGUAUGUGGAUGCUGCAGAGAAAAAGAAGGUUCCAGUCCCCUGCACAGCUUCAUAUGACACCAUAGUAGCUGCACAAAAGGAUCCUUUCAUUAUUGCAAAACUCCAUUGCAAGAACUUUCAACCCCUUCUUGACAAAAUUCCAAACUGAUGAGCCAGUGUUGCCCUUCUUGGCCAAAGAUUUGACUGAGCUGCUGAUGAGUUUACUGAGGCGGUUCGUUCAACGAGACCUCACCCAGGACCUCACACCCCUGCAGCUGAUCAAAAUAGAUCUAACAGAUGAAAAGAACUUGGUCUCCCCAAAGAGUGUAGACAUAGGCCUGGGAGCAGAAUCUGCUAUCAAGCAGCCAUUGAUGAGAAUGCAUCCAGGACCCACCAGGCAUGGCCAUGUACCGGUACCCGCACAACGACCAUCAACGGUGUGGACCUGCCCUAUUACAAGGGCCUGCGUGGGAACAACACCCUGAAAGGGUUCCAUAAGUCGCUGCCCCAAAUGAUUCUAGGUCCCCACUGUGUGGCACGGCCUUACCAGGUCUACCUCAUCAGUGGAAUUGCCAGGUGGAACUCCGACCGCAGCUCAGACGCCGUGUUUAAGACAUUGAAAGAGAACUUCAGGCCAACAUCCAGUCAGACGCACAGGGGAGUCCUUCUCUCUUAAAGGGAAACCAGUGACAAUCCUCUGCCCAGGUUUCAGUAGCUGGAGGAAUUCUGUACUGUGCUGCUGGAGGUCGGCUUGAGAGACCAGAGGCUGCUUCUCAACACUGCGCAGAGAAACUGUACAUUCACACGGGGCGAAAGCGUUAACGCUUGACGGAAGGCUUGUCUGAAGCGUGGCCAACAGCCAAUCACAGUGGCCGCAGCACAUGCUCGGGUUUUCCCUAAACAUAAUUGGCUGGAUCUGCCUAGGUUAUUUGCAUAAGGCAAUCUGAUUGGCUGAAGCAUGCGUUGCCGCUUGAAAAGAAAAUUUUCAACUUCUGCCGCGAGCAACGGCACUGACGCGCCGCCGACGGAUCCACAAUUCAGUUCGGCAAUGCAUGACGUCACCCAUUAAAAGUGAAUGGGAAGCGUCAACGCUUACGCCCCGUGGGAAUGUGCUGGAACAGAGUCCUCGAUGCCUGGAAUGCGGUGGAGGAACAAGACAAGCAGCCACAGAAAUACCACCAGCUGUACCGCACACACUGGGGAAACACAUUUUACUGCAGAACAAAAUGGGAUGACCUUGCAGACGCCACCGUGGUCCAGAAAGUGAAGAUGGCCAAAAGGUACGCGCCAGCACUGUAGGACAUCAGCCCGCAGCACAACCGGCUUAUGUAUGUGCUUGUCAAGCUGCUAUGGCUCUUGUUCCAGCCCGAGAAGGCCAGCAUCCUUAAGCCUAUGACAGGAUCCAGCACCGGGUCUCGAUGGAUGACCCAAGCCUGUGCAAGGCAGGCAUCCCUCUCCCAAAAUAAACACUAAAACAGUGAGGGACUUCAUCCACCAGCAGGAGAGGCUGGUGAACCUGCAUGCCUCCAGGCGGCCAGCCUUCAUCUCCAAGACCACCUCUGUGUCUUCUGAAGAGCUGCCUACUACACCGUGCCAACCUGCCGUCCUCCCUCCAUCUGACUACCCCGAGAUGGAGUACAUCCCCACGCUCAGCACAGCCGACACAAAGGUGUUAAAGGGAGGGACCAACAUGCUGGUGGCGACGCCACAGCCUCCUCCACAGCUACCAUUGCCUCUGCCGGUGAGGAGAAUCCCCGCCACCAUCACCAGGUCUGUGCUGCCCUUAGUCUCCCAGUUUGCGUGCCCCUUAUCCACACAGGCGCCAAUCCCGGUCACUACACCUGAUGAGGGUGCAGCAUCUCCCGACCUGUACGGCGUGUGGUCAUACAAUCCAGGGACACAAAAAGUGCAAAAAAAUACAUAUUGCCCUGCGAUUAACCGCUCAGCCUCCAAGGGACUGGAGAACAGAGAAUGUAGAAACUAUGAACGUUUUGUCUCUGUUGUGAAUGGACUGGAGGAGUGAAUUGCUGGCCCGUUGUAAAUAGAACAGAAAAACUUCAAAAGAAAAACUAUCUACACUAUGUUUUGUGUGUUCUGGUCUUACAAGUGCCCUUUAACACGGCACCAUUGGUCCUCUGAACUGUUGCCCUAUUUAUUUAAUUAAUUAUGUAGCAAAUGCUCUUAUCCAAAGAGACUUACAAAUAAAUACAAUAUUUGUAUAGUCCAGUACAGAAAUGUAGAAAGGAUUAUUCAUGAUAGAUAUAGACUUGGAAGUGAUUAGUAUUAAAGAGUGAAAUGUUAAUAUUUGAUGCACUUUAACUUUUUAUGUAAUGAAACGGUUAACAAAAGCCAUUGACUUCCAUGAUGUUGUUUUUCCAUUUGUGGGUGAACGGUUUCUUUAGUAUGUUCUAUUCUAUGGUGAAGAUUUGUUUUAUCAUUAAAAAGUGUCAUGUGUACAAGUUACAUGUGUAUAUCUUCACAAUGUUUAUUUAAAAGGUUUACAUUGCUUUUAUUGAAAAUAGUUUUUAUUGAUUAUUGUAAUAUAUGUUUUUGUAAUAUGUUCUAUUAUAUCUAACUAAAUAAAGUGAUCAUUUGUUUUAUAUGAA